UCCUCUGUAUGGCGCUCGAUCAACGAGACUACCAUUGCUACGCUGCUAUGCUUCACUGGCGAUCUUCAGCUUAUUUAUCUUCUUAUUUGCUGCGAUCCACGCCAUCACGAACGGUUAUGAAGUUUUCCCAAUCGCCCUCCUCUUCACUGCAUCGAUUUGGCAGUUCUUUUCAACGGUCUUUGUCAUCAUGUACCGCAGAAUUAUUAUAUCACAAAUGCCUCUACCCCGCGUUGUGUUGGCCACGCCGUACGUCAUAACCACCCCUCACUUCGACCAAGCUGCCGUCGAUCCAAAUUCAAUGUCCGGAGUCUAUCCUCAUGCAGGGGUUACCUACGGUGUUUCCUACACGAUCCCUCCUUCUUCAUAUGGCGCCCCUGCUCCUUCAUACGACGCCCCUCCUCCUUCAUACGACGCCCCUUCUCCUUCAUACGACGCCCCUUCUCUUUCAUACGGCGCCCCUCCUCCUUCAUACGACGCCCCUUCUCCUUCAUACGGCGUAGCUGCAUCACAGUCCAGUCCUUCGGCAGACGGCGCCUCUCCGAACCCGUACCCACCAGCGGGAGAUGUGGAACCACCGUCGAAACAUGCAGCUUAAUCCGAGACUGUAAAAUCGUCCCCUGUUACAUGUGAUUCGUGGUUCUAUGGCUGUCUGUGCUGCUCAGACACGCUCACCCCUUACUCGGAUUAGGUAGUUACUGCAUCGUAAGUGCGUGUCACUAGGAGCCUAUGUCUCUCUCACUAUAGGAGCGUAUAUAGUACAUAUGUCUCUACUCCAUUGACACUAUUUGCCUUGUACAAUGUUUGUUGGACUGUGGCUCACUGUGCUUCGCUUCCUGCCUUCCCAUCACUCCAUUGUUGCUUCCUUCAGGAGUGCCGUAUGAGGAGUUCCGGACGUAUUAUUACCAGGAAGAGCGGUUGUCAUCUCUGUUCCGCGACCUCAUCUAUACCUCAUCCUAAUCACAUCCCCGCCUUCAAUCUUCAUCUCACUAGCUAUCUCUCAACCUCUUUUGGAGGCCUUUUAUCCCUCAACUUCAGGACCCUAACCCGAUCCUAUACAACUUAGAAAGUUGACCAAAUAAUAUAUAUCAACCAAAUAACCGAGAGCCAUUCACAAUACUUUUAAGAGCUACAAUAGGGUUAGCAAAGUGUUAUAUCGACCCUUGAUUCGAUAAAUAAAUGGAGAGCGGAAGAGAAUCAAUUAAUGAAAAUAAAAAGUACCGAUUAUGAUUUUUCAAGGCAGUGUAACCAACUCACCUUCUCACCAGACAACAUUCACUAACAAUAACAACAGUUCGAAGGAUCAAAAUGACUAGCAUCAUAGCCCCUACAUAUCCUCCAACUUGUAAAUAACACAACUCUUCACCAACACAACCUUGAGGCCUGUCAACUGCACCAGCAUGUCAGUUUUCUUACCGCGAUUAUAUGUGCAGAUAUGCAGACAACGCAGGCGGCCCGACCUUAAUCCCUAUGAGGGUUCUUAACAAUGAAGGCAACCAAUAACUCUCCUCCUAAAUAAGAUACAAGUCUGAAAUUUGGAAUGGUGAUCUGG